GAAAAUGCCAGACCUAUAGAUAAGAUUGCUGGACUUGAGUUCGAGAGGACCGAGCUUUUAAAGCAGGUUUCGGAAGAGGGAACCAAGCGCGAAGCUGAAAAUGCCAAACUCAGGAGUAGGAUCGAGGAGUUAGAGAGGGAUAGGUCAGAUAUUGUUGCUGAAAAUGAAAGAAGUAAUGAUGCAGUUGUUGAGAUUAAAACUGAAGUAGUAAAAAUAAGAAACGAAAAUGAAGAUAUCCUAAAUUUGGUAUAA